UUCACCUCCCUCUCCCCUCCCAGUCCCUCCCCUCUCUCUCCGACUCUCGCGAGUGCGGCCGCGCUGCCGUAACGCGGUCUCUCCGGCCGUAGUGAGCAGCUUGAGCCGUCGCCUAGCAGCGCGGAGCCGGGGCCGGGGACGGGCAGGUUAAAGCCAACGUUUCCACCAACAUGGCUCCCAUCCUGGAUUGGGAGAAACUUAUGAAAGUUGAUCCAGAUUCUUUACCAAGCCGAGAAAAACUCGCGGAUAAGUUAUUGGACUCAAUAUCUAAGGUUGAAGGAAAUGAACUGACAGCAGAAGAGCCCCAGAAGCUGCUUCAGCUUUUCUGCAUCACCCAGUCCUUAAUGAAGAUGAAAGCCCAGGAGGUUGAGUUGGCUUUGGAAGAAGUUGAAAAAGCUGGAGAAGAGCAAGCUAAAACAGAAAACCAGCUGAAAGCAAAAGUUUUAAAACUCGAAAAUGAACUGGAGAUGGCUCGAGUGAGUGUUGGGGGACAUGAUACUAGGUUCUUGCGAGAAGAACUUCGCCAACUGGAAAACCAGCUCCAGUUCAAGGACCGAGAAGUUUCUGAAAUGGAAAAGGAGCUGAACAAGGAAAAGAAACUCGUUGAGCAAGUGGGAAUUCGAAUCAAGGAGACAGAAAAUGAAAACAACAAGCUGAGAAGAGAGAAUGACCAACUGCGCCAAGAUAUUGUUGAUUAUCAGAAGCAAAUUGAUUCUCAGCGUGAGACUCUGCUCAACAGGAGGGGUGAUGAAUCAGACUACAGAAUCCAGAUCUCCAAGAAGAACAUGGAGCUUGCUCACUAUCUGGAUGAAAUCCAGAAUUUGUCGGAAGCCAAUGAAAAGCUGGAGGUACAGAACAAACAGAUGCAGAAGAAUUUGAAAGAGUCCGCGCAAGAGAUGGAGCAGAUGACUGAUGAGUAUAACAGAAUGAAGCUGAUUGUCCAGCAAACUGACAAGACCGUGGAUCAGUUUAAACGGGAAAAGGAUCAGCUGUUAUUUCAGGUGCAAGAUCUUUCAGACCAGCUCAAAGCCGUAACAGAAGAGGAGGAUCCUGUAAUGAUGGCAGUAAACACAAAGAUUGAGGAGUGGAAGAAAGUUUUGACUGCGAAGGAUAACGAAAUCAGAGAAUAUCAGGCCAAGAUGCAAGAAUUACGAUCUAAACUGGUAUUUGCUGAGUUAGACAGUGACAAAAGCAGCAUCGUUAAACUCCAGCAGGCUCUGCAAGAACGAGAUAACCAAAUUAAGAUUCUGUUGGAGCAAAUUGAACAAUACACCAUUGAGAUGAAUACCAAUGUUCAAAUCAUCGAAGAUUUAAAAUUGCAGCUAGAGAAAGAAUCAAAUUUUCCAGUACUUAAUCAGCAAUCCAGAAUCGGGGCACUCCAGGAAAGGCUAAAGACAUCAGACCAAUCUGCCCUUGAAGCAAAUCGAAUUGCAGAGCUUGCAGAGAAAGAUGCCAAAGACAAAGACAAGGAACUGGGGGAAAUGCUGAUUCGUCUCAGGACAUAUGAAUCUGGGGUAUAUGGAUUGGAAAAUGCUGUUGCGGAGAUCAAAGAAUGCAAAAACAGUAUCAAAGUUCGAGAUCGUCAGAUUGAAGAAAUGACGAAAGACAUCAAUUAUCUUGAAUUGAAGAUGAAUGAUCUUUUGGAUGAAAACGAUAGCUUGCGGGAACAGUUGGGCCUUGAAGCAAAGGAAUUAAUUGACUUGUCUGAGUUUAAGGAGAGGAAGACCAUAAAACGGCAGCAGUUUCAAGCCGAGAACCAGAUCUUGCUAAAAGAGAUUGAACGCUUGGAGGAAGAAAGACUCGUGUUGAAAAGGCAGAUUCGCCAGAUUGCUCGUGACAGAGGCAAGCAGACAGGUUUUGAAGAUUUUGGAUUGCUGAAUCGACUGACCGAUGAGGAGGCAUCAUCUAAAGCAACAGAACUGUUAAGUAAAUCCACCCCGGAUUUAAAGAGCAAGAAUCGUCAGUUACGCAAAGAUUUACUAAACAAGGAAGGAAAACAUCAGGAUGCAGAAUUUGAGGUUGCCGAACUCAACAAACAAAUGAUUAAGCAUGAAUAUAUUUCCAAGGAACUGGAAGCAAGAGAGAAGGAGUUGGAACAAAGGAGGACUGAAAAUGCUGAGCUUCAAGCAAAAUUAAAUGAACUGCAAGAAGAAAAUAAGAAGUUUGAACUAGGCAUGAAAGAAAUCUUGCAAGCUGUGAAGGACACGCAAGUGGAAUCUAUUCCUAAAGGAGGACAAGAAAUCCUGAGAUUGGAAAGUUUGGAAAGCCUCAUUUCUGUAAUUGAGGCAAAGAACACCGCAGGGAAACAAGUUGUCAAUGUCCACAUGAAAGCUCAACUGGAUCAACUGAUGGGGAGAAACGAGGAACUCCGACAGGAACUCAAAGAGACUCGAAAGGAGGCUGGCGUCACUGGCAAUCAGCUGUCGAAAGCCAAUGAAAGGAUUACUCAUCUGGAAGGUGAAACAACUAUAUUACGUCGAUCAGGUGGAUGUAAUGUUCAGUUCCAAACUCUCAUUUUACCACAAGGAAUGGCAGCUUCGAGUACCGAUGUUAUCAACGCUCUCAAUGAAUAUUUGAUGCAACUCCUCCAGGAAAUCUCAAAUAAAGAGGAGGAGGAAAAUAAACUAAGGGAGGCAGCCGAAGACCACAAACGCAAGUUUGCAGUAAUUCGUCAUCAGCAGGGCCUGCUGUAUAAAGAAUAUCAAAGUGAAAGGGAAUCCUGGCAGAAAGAUAUGGAAAGAAUUGAAGAGGAAAAUAAAAAGUUUGAAGAUUCAAAGGAUCAAGAUCGUAUAAAAAUUGAAGAGUAUAAUCACCUAUUGGAAACGCUUCAGAUGGAUCCCGAUGAAAUCAAGAAAAAAAUAUCGGGAAUUACCAGCAAGGUAACCGUUUUGCGGGUUAAUGAGAACGCUUUGACAAGGCGCUACACAACCCUGCUGGAAAUGGAACAGCACCUGAGAAAAGAAAAUAACAAGCUCAAGAACGAAGUAAUAGAGAUGGAAGUAGCUGUUAGUGAAAGAAUUGGAUACCUGCAGAGAUUCAAGGAAAUGGCUGGUUUUAAAAUUGCUGCUUUGCAAAAAGCUUUGGAUGAUAGUGCACCCUUAGCAGAUUUGGAACGAGCUAACAAGCAAUAUAAUGAGCUCACAGCUAAAUACAGGGAUCUGUUGCAAAAAGACAACCUAUUAGUCCAGAAAACCACCAAUCUCGAGCAUUUGGAGAGUGAAAAUACCAUCUUGCACGAACAGAUGACUGACUUAAACAAAGAGCUGGAAAUUACAAAGGAAAAGCUGCACACACUGGAGCAAGCCUGGGAGCAGAUGGAUAAACUAGGUGAUACUACUGCUAUGGACAAAGCAUCUAAAGCAAUUGCCAACUCUGAAAUUGUGUCAAUCUCCAAGAAGAUAACAAUGUUGGAAAUGAAGGAGCUAAAUGAGCGACAAAGAGCAGAACAUGCUCAGAGAAUGUAUGAACAUAUACGGAGCACACUAAAACAAGUUGAAGAACGCAACUCAGAACUGGAGAUAAAAUUCUCCGAGGUAACCAAGAUAAAUCUGGAAGCUCAGAAAGUUGAACAGGACCUGCGAGAUGAGCUAACAAGCAGUGUGAGCAAAGCAGUGAGCGACAUGGAGAGAAGGCGCAUUAGUGAGCUGGAGAAAAGCGAAUCCGAGUUAAAAAUUGAAGUGUCCAAGUUGAGAGAUGUUUCAGAUGUCGCCAAAAUGCAGGUUGCAGCCUUAGAAGCUCGUCAGCAAUCCAGAGAGAAGGAGGUCGAGGCCCUCAGAAAGCAAGUGCUAGAUUACCAGGCGCAGUCCGAUGAGAAAGCUCUCAUUGCAACGCUGCACCAACAUAUCGUUGCGCUGCAGGUGAGUGAAACCGCAGCGGUGAGUAAGCUGGUGGCCUACGUCAGCAAACUGCAGAAGAUGGAGGUCUGCAACCUGCGGCUGGAGCAGAAACUGGACGAGCGCGAGCAGGCCCUGUACUACGCCCGCAUGGAAGGCCGGAACAAGGCCAAGCAUCUGAGGCAAACCGUGCAGUCCCUGCGCAGGCAGUUCAGCGGAGCCUUGCCCCUUGCACAGCAGGAGAAAUUCUCAAAGACCAUGCUGCAGUUGCAGAACGACAAGCUGAAGAUCAUGCAGGACGUUAAACAUGCCCAAGACGAAAGGGCGGCAGCAGAGAACAAGGCGUUGGAGCUGGGACUGAAGCUGAAGGGAUUGGAGGAACUGAUCGGAACGCUAAAGGAUGCAAAGGGAGCCCAGAAGGUAACGGAAUGGCACAAUAAGAUAGAAGAACUCCGUCUGCAAGAUCUCCGAAUAAAUCGGUGCCUAAAUAAACAAAAAGAAGAAAUAAAAUACUUAAAUAAUAUAAUAACUGAGCAGGAAGGCACCAUCAAUGAUCUGGAGGAGGAGAUGGUUUCACAAAAUAAGUUCCAUGAAGAGCGGUUAUUGGCAUGGGAUCACAGAGAGUUAGAAUUGCAACGUCAGCUGGAUAUGUAUGAGCAUCAAAGUAGUGACCUAUUGAAAGCAGCUCAGAGGUUCGAGGAAGCUACUGGCUCCAUCCCUGACCCCAACAAGCCACUUCCAGAGCAGCUAAAUGUGGCUUUACAAAGGAUCAGAGAGCAUGUCCAUAUAAUUCUGGAGACCCAAGCGACCUGUAGGACCAUGGAAGAGAAACUUAAAGAGAAGGAGGCAUCACUAUGGAAGGCUGAACAGAAUGUGCUGUCCAGGGACCAAGUUAUAAAUGAGUUACGGCUGCGUCUCCCUGCUACAGCUGAGCGAGAGAAGCUGAUUGCAGACUUAAGUGCUAAGAAAGAAGGUGAUGGGGAAAGCAGGAAGGCCCUGAAGGUUGCUCAUCAGACCAUCAUGAACCUACAGGCUAGACUGGAUCAGAAGGAAGAAGUUGUACAGAAAUACCAGCAGUUGUUAACAAGAGCACAUCAGGACCAAGAAGAAAUUGCAAAGAGACAUGAAGAGGAUCUUAAAGCUUUGCACCUUAAAUUGGAUUCAUAUGCAGAUGCAUCCUUGAACAAAUUCAAAGAAGCUGCAGUGGAGCUAUUGAAGAAACCGUCCCUUCAAGUUCCAACAUCCAAACAUCUGAUGCGCUUGGCUGAGCUGGAACAGAUGGUGGCGGAGCAAGACCACUCCCUGUCGACACUUGUGGACAAAUUGAAAGCAACAACCACAGAGCUAGAGAAACAAAAAGAUAUUACUGAGCUGAAAAUGACGGAAAGUGAGACUGAAAGAGCAAGGCUUGAAGAGAUGCAUGCUGCUGAGCUAAAGGAGCUCCACAAUGAAGCGAAUGAACUGAGGAGCACCAAUUUAGAUAUGACCAAAGAAGUACAGUACCUGGAAACGGAACUGGAAGCCCAGAAACAUGCAAACACAAGAGCACCCACCACCACCAUGAAGAACUUGGUGGAAAGGCUCAAAGGUCAACUUGCCUUAAAGGAGAAACAGCAAAAGGCUCUGAGCAAAGCGCUGCUGGACCUUCGGGCUGAGAUGACCUCUCAUGCAGAACAGCAAAUUAUAAACCAGGCUGCACAAAAAGAGGGACAGAUCAAUGUUCAGCAGAUAGUCGAUAAACAUACUAAGGAGUUGAGGGCACGCGUCGAAGAGUUAACGGAACAACUUGCGGCGACCAAAGACAACAUGAAAUCACGCAAAACUAAAGAGGCAGCCACAUCAGCUGAAGUGGAAUCUUUAAACGGAGAGCUGCACAAAAAACAAAGAGCUUUGAACAAACUGCAUGCGGAAAAAGAAGAGUUGGAGAAAGAGAAUGGAGAACUGAAGAAAAAAAUUAAGAGGCUAUCCAGCAGCUUGCAGACCAAGGCAGAGGCUGACAAUAAUCAAACCAUAAUAGAUGAACUACAGAGAAAGAUUAAAAGACUGGAGAUUGAACUGGACAAGAAGGAGACUUCUGAGCAAAUUGAAAGAAAAGUUUUGAAAGAAGACAAGACGUCCAAAGAGGAAAUCGUGAGGUGGGAAGAAGGCAAAAAGUGGCAGUCCAGACUGGAAGGAACAAAGAGCAAGCUGAAAGAAAAAGAGAAGGCGGUAGAAGUUCUGACCAAACAAGUCACCACACUAAAGGAAUUGUAUGCAAAAGUUGACCAGGAAAAGCUAUAUUUACAGAGAAAGCUGAAAGCUCGUGGGAUUACAGCAGACCAGGUAAUAGGUGUCAGAACUAUGGAUUGUGAUAGAGAGAUUGAAGAUUUAAGGAGAAAGAAUAUGGAGCUUCAAGAUCAGAUGGCAACCAUGAGGCAACAACAAGCUUUACCAAGGGACUCGGUGGUGGAAGAUUUAACAUUGAAGAAUCGUUACUUGCAUGAAAAGAUACAAGCUUUGGAAAGACAGCUGUCUGCAAGCACUUUAUCCAGACCAUCGACCUCUGGGAUUGGAUCUGAUGCUUCAUCUCAAAAGGAACAGCAGCUUCAAAAGGAGAACCUUGGUCUGUCUGCAGAUAACGUAGAACUGCGGUUUCAACUAGAGCAGGCCAACAAGGAUUUACCACGAUUAAGGGAUCAAAUAGUUAAUUUACAGGAAAUGUAUCAACUGCUCAAGAAGGAGAAAGCAGAUAUGGAACGAAAGCUUGGAAGCAUUCGAGGGUCUGGACGCAGUGGCAAAACGGUGCCUGAACUAGAGAAAACGAUCGGGCUGAUGAAGAAGGUGGUGGAGAGAGUGCAACGAGAGAACGAGGAGCUGAAGAAAGCCCCUGGCGUGGUGUCCUGUGAGAGAAGAACCUGUCUAGAAAUGGAAAAUGAAAAGCUUAAGGCAGAGCUCGAGAAACUAAAGCUGCAGAUCGGCGGGCAGCUGAGUUCACGAUACGAGACCAAAACAAAAGGCAUGGAGAAGAUCUUGGCUGAAAAUGAGCGAUUACGAAAAGAAAUCAAAAGGGAGGGUGACAAUUCUGAAAAGCUGCGCAUUGCAAAGAGCCACCUGGAGAUUUUGAACGAGAAACUGAGCACGCAGUUGGAAGAGACGACUAAACAGCUGAGCUUUGCGGAGAGCAGAGGUCCACAACUGGAGGGCGCUGACGGCAAAAGCUGGAAGUCCGUGGUAGUAACGAGAAUGUACGAGAGCAAAAUAAAGGAGAUGGAGAAUGAUCUUGUUAAAAAGAAUCAAAGCCUCACUGACCUCAGGCAGCAGAUGAUAGAGUCGACUGACAACGAGCAAAGACUGGCAAAACAAAUCGGAGACAUGGAGGAACAGAUUGAGGUGCUUAAACAUUUCCCCGACGAAGCCAAGACAGAACCUGGCCUCACCAGACAACUUCAGUUACUGAGGCUGACAAACGACCGACUGGAGAAAGAGAAGGCAGAACUCCACCACCAUCUGGAGAUGUACAAGCACACUCGUGCUGAGCCAGGGACCAGCAGCAGAUCUGUUUGUGAUGCAGCAUUGGAUAGUGGACUUAAAGACGACAAACUGGUGGGAGAACAAACACAACACGACCUGGAGAAGCAACAACUGCAGGAAGAGAUUAAGAGGUUGAAGAAGGAGCUGGAAAACUUUGAUCCCUGCUUUUUUGAGGAGCUCGAGGACUUGAAGUUCAACUACAACCAGGAAGUUAAACGGAACAUUCUUCUGGAAGAGCAGCUGAAGAAAUUAUCGGAGCAGUUUGGAAUGGAGAUGCCAGGAAACGUUUCCAUCGACUGAGGCACCUUCGAUCAGGGCGGUGAGGAGCCCAGUGUUCAUAGUUUUGUUAACUGUUACAACUGAUGAUCACUGAAGAGAAAAAACAUUCCCUUGGUACUCUUACCUUGCUAUAUAUAAAGAGAUAAAGUGUGGUGUGCAGGAUAGGCUUAGUGACAAAAAACCUUAGCUGCCUUGUACGUUGCUGGGAUCACCAAGUGUGCAUUCCAACACUAGGUGCCCGAGAGGGGUGUGUGUGUGUUCCAUCUCCCAACACGAGCCUCUGACCAGCUGUUAUCAAAAAUUAAAUAUACUCUGGAAUCUGGCUCAGUUGUGCUCCAGAGUCAUCAGAAGCGCAUUGGAGGAGGAGAUUUUUGGAUCAAUUCUUCCCAAUUCACUUUGUAUCAGCAGCUAAUCAAAAUCAGAUUAGUGUGUGUGUGACGCCGCAGCCCCCCCCCCCCCCCCCCACCCCACC